GGGGAGAGACCCUACAAGUGCAGCGAUUGUGGGAGAUGCUUCAGCACCACCUCAUCCGUCAUCAGCCACCAACGUGUCCACACUGAGGAGAGACCCUACAAAUGUGAUGAGUGUGGGAGGAGAUUUAAAUCCAGCUCGUGCCUCAUCAGCCACCAACGCAUCCACACCGGUGAGCGACCCUACGAGUGUGGUCAAUGCGGGAAGAGCUUCAGCACCAGAUGGUCCCUCAACAAUCACCAACGAACCCACAGCUUGGAGAAACCCUACAAGUGUGAGAGCUGUGGGAAGAGCUUCACUCACAGCUCCAAACUCAACCGUCACAAGCAAACCCACAACGUGGAGAAACCCUACAAGUGUGAUGAGUGUGGGAAGAGCUUCAGAUACAGCUGGUGCCUCAACACUCACCGGCGCCACCACACUGGGGACAACCUCUACAAGUGCAACGACUGUGGGAAGAGCUUCACUUGGAACUCAAAUCUCAUCAUCCACCAGCGCAGGCACACUGGGGAGAAACCCUACAAGUGUAGUGAGUGUGGGAAGAGCUUUGUUGUCAAAGCCAAGCUCAUCAAGCACCAGAAGAUCCACCUGAGAUAG